GAUUAGUGUUCUUUUAGGACUUCGGCUAUAUAUCCGUAUCCCUAUACCUUGUCUUCUUGAACUGGCUAAUCGCUAAGAGGGCAUGGAGUGGUGCAACGGACUAGACACACAUACGCUUGUAAUGCGCUAUCUGGCGGGCAACUGCAGUUCAUGUUCAGCGGGCAGGCGGGCAACGUCGUGCAGCUUUCACUUGCGAAGCGACGCGCUUAGUCAUUGGCUCCGUUACACCAUUUGGGACACUUUGUCAAUAGCCUUUAUUAGUAAAACAGCUUUCCGACCCCAAAGUUCCGCCUAUUCUUGGAAUUUGUCGCGUCGUAUCUAUUGUAGCUGCUUUCCCGAUGGUAUAGUCGCCUUCGUGACACCGGCAUGCACGGCAGACGUGACGACAAAAUGGUGCCCCGCGAUGAAGAGUCGCGUUAGUGGCCAACAUAUGUGUGCCGCCAGUGAAGAAUCUGCAGCCGGGCAAGUCUGCUGGACCGAUGUCGAGGUGACGACCAACCGCGCCAGCCAAUGCUGCUACACAGGCCUGCGACAAGAUGAUAGGCACGGUGAGCACCCGCGCUUGAGCCCUGCUCAACAUAGUGUUCGUGUGCGUCCCAUCCCUUCACGAUCGAGGGAGAGGUUUGCGCAAGGUGGGCGCCCAAACGGAGGGUAUAGUAUACACACAGCAAGGGUGUGUGUGACCAGUGCAUCUAGAUCGUCCCCGCUUUUGCAUGCAUCCCGGCCACGCCGCGCACGCUCGGCCGCAUUGGCUCGGAGCGUAUAAAAGGGCCGCCGUCCGCCGCUGCGGACAGAAGGGAUCUCGUCACCGCCGCAGCACCAGCAGCGGGAGCAGCAAGCAAGCAUGUGGAAGGCAGCGAUCUCCUCCGCCCUCUUCUUCGCCGUCCUGGCCAACGCCGGUACUCUCCGCGGUGGAUACGGUGGCGCUGCUAUCGGCGGUCUCGGAGCAGUCGGCGUUGGGAUCGGAGGCGGCUACGCCGGACGUGGCUACCUCGCCGGCGGCGGUGGCGGAUACUACGGAGGGGGUUACAGGGCCUACGAAGACAACAGGCCGAGGCCGUACAGCUUCGGCUACGUCGCUCAGGGAGCGGACGGGUCCAGCUCUCGCCAGGAGGUCGGCGACGGCAGCGGCAGCGUCCAGGGAGUCUACACCUUGAGCACGCCGGAAGGUGGCCAGCGGAAGGUCAAGUACACGGCCGACGCGGCAGGCUUCCGCGCCGUAGUCGACACCAACGAGCCCGGCACGCAGAGCGAGAGCCCCGCCGACGUGGCCCUGCGUUCGUCCUCGCCGCCGGCCUACCUGCUCGCCUCCAAGUACGGCGCCGCCGGGUCGUACGCCGGGGCCAGACCGCGAGUUGUGUACGGGGGCGCCGGCGGGCUGUACGGAGCGGGCGUCGCCGGUUACGGGGGCGCUGGCCUUUACGGCGGCCUCGGCGGCCGAGUCUACGCCGGUGGAGCCGGUGUCGGAGUGCUCGGAAAGCACGGCGGUGGCGUCGGCUGGCACUAGUGAACCCGCCGUCUGCCUCUAUAAAUAUCCUUGUCUUUGGUACGGGAGCCCUUCUACGCCACUUUCGCCGUUUCAUAUGUAGUCCUUCUGUCCUCCAUGGUUUCGGUGUGUCGCCGUCUGCUUGUCACUGGGGACUGAGCAAGAAGCCCCGCUCGCUGGAUGCUGCGGUUGCUCAAGGUGUUGGUGACAAAUAGGUGAUGUGCGCUGCUUCGCUGCUUGUUAAGAAAAUAAACGUCCAAUCGCUUGCAACAAGAAAACUGACUUCGUCCUGGUGUAUUUGCCGAGCAAUGAGCUCCACGUGGUGAAGCAGCCGGCACGACAUUGGCAAGUUCAGUGAGGUUUGGAGGCAGUUCUUCUGUGGUAGCUCUCAACAUUUCCAGCUUGUGCUCUCAUAUAGACCAUCCACCUUCGAAUAAAAGAGGCACUGUGACAUGAAGUCAAAUGUAACAGGUUUUAACAGAAGGCGACAUGUUGUGAUCAAAAUUAAUCUCAUCGUGACCCUGCACCACGUGCCCCCGCUCACGGCCACAACGUUGCU